AGGAAAGGGAAAAGGUUCCGCUCUGUGUCAGGAAGCUUCAGUCGGAGGACAAUUCAAUUCAACAAAUCUAAUCUUGAUGUUUCAGUUUGAGUAUUUGUAUGAAGUUUUUUUUUAAACGGAAAGAGAUUACGUUUUCGCCCUGACAAGCUUGGCUGGUUCAUCAGAACAAGAAAGAAACGUAUUUAUAGAAUAUAAGCUGGAUAGAACUUGGCCAAAUGCUCAUAUGGUUGGCUAACAAAACAAAAGUGUGGUUAUGCUUGCUUGUAUUUCUGUUGAAAAACAAUGUUUUCCGGGUAGCUUGUUUAAACGAUUGUCAAGAAUAACAACAAGGUCUAAUCUGAAACCUACUACCUGGGCACCAAUCCUUUUACAAAAAUGCAGUUUUUGAUCCAGCACACCUGGGAUAGCAAGCCAGUGAAUCAUGACCCCAUCAGGAUCAAUUUCUCUCCGGGACAAGGGGGGCUGAAGGUAGAGAUCUUCGGUCCCUUCUUCAAUGACCCGGCAGCUCCUGCAGGGCCCCCCAGUCAGCCCUUCCCUGGACUCUGGGAUUAUGAAGUUGUGGAGUCCUUCUUCCUGGAUAGUACUACAGAAAAUUACCUAGAAGUGGAGUUUUGUCCACAUGGACAGCAUCUGAUAUUAUUGCUGUCAGGAGCUGGCCAAGCAUUCCAGCAACAACUGCCCAUGGUGUUUAAUGCUACGAUCACAGGGGACAGGUGGAUGGGGGAGGCUCUCCUCCCCUGGUCGUACUUCCCUCCCAAAAUCAACAAGAUGAACUCGUACGCCAUCCAUGGCUCAGGAGAGAAGCGGACGUAUGAGGCUCUCUACCCCAUCCCCCAGGAGGAGAUAGUGGAAGGCCAAAAACCCAACUUCCACCGCCUGGAGUAUUUCCAAAAUUUCCGCCUGCAAAGCAUCAUGGGAGAAGGUUGGGUCCAGCCAGAGUCUGGUCUGUGGCAUGGAAAGCCCUGAACUUUUCAAAAACACUCUUUUUUUUUCCCUCUCUUUGUCUCUCUCUUGUACACACACACACACACACAAACCACAGCAGCAGGGCAAUUGUACAAACACUCAUUGACGGAAAACAAAGGGCAAUCAAUCUUUAUUAGUUAAUGAUGCCAAACGAUAUGACAAGGAAUGUGUUAUCAGCUUGUCGGAGCGUAUUAGCUUUUGCACACAUCUGUACAAGCACACAGUCACACACGCAUCACAAGGUAUUGGACGUUGCCUUAAUUUGCCUUGGCAUAGUGUGACCUACAGCAGUUAAACUCUGGAUGGUGGCAAGGAAUGCUCGUUUUGACAUUCAGCUCCUGUGUAGCCUGUGCAUUUCACUACAGUGAAAUAAACCACAGCAGGUGCUUGUGAUCCUUUGCCCUGACUGCUACUAAAUGCGCACAAACAACUGUACACACACCAUUAAGUGAAAAUACUGUUCUUUAGAGAUACAUCUUCCAUCCAUCCAUCUUUGUCCACUUAUCCGGUAUCGGGUCUCGGGGGCAGUAGCUCCAGCAGGGGACCCCAAACUUCCCUUUCCCGAUCCACAUCAACCAGCUCCGACUGGGGGGUCCCGAGGCGUUCCCAGGCCAGGUUGGAGAUAUAAUCCCUCCACCUAGUCCUGGGUCUUCCCCGAGGCCUCCUCCCAGCUGGACGUGCCUGGAACACCUCCCUAGGGAGGCGCCCAGGAGGCAUCCUUACCAGAUGCCCCAACCACCUCAACUGGCUCCUUUUGACGCGAAGGAGCAGCGGCUCUACUCCGAGCUCCUCUCGGAUGACUGAGCUUCUCACCCUGUCUCUAAGGGAGACCCCACCCCCCCGAGGAAACCCAUUUCGGCCGCUUGUACCCUGGAUCUCGUUCUUUCUGUCAUGACAAGCUUUUAAUUUAGUGCAUUUGCAAACAUCCCACUGUCCUUAUUGAUUUCCUUUUACAAUUAAAUAUGUUUACGUAAUGAUUACAUUUUGCUGAA